CGAACAAUUCAAGAAGUAGAUGAUGACACUGCAGAUGACAUUGGUUCCAAUCAAAAUAUAGAAACACCAGAACAUACAUCACUUGAAACCUUACAAAAAUCAUAUUUGUUUAAUGGACAGUUCUUUACUAUUAUACAUUGCGACGGACUUAAGUUAAUAGCACAAUGCAAAAACUGUUCAAAAGUAAUUCAUGGUCAAAAAAUGUCAACUGGAAAUUUCCUAAGCCACUUAAAACAUAAACAUAAAGUAUUAUUACAUCAAGUAGAAGAGGCUCGAAGCAAUGCUAAACUUUCAAAUAAAACAAAUGUAUUUACCCGACCAACCAAAAAACUUACAAAACAACAGAUAAAUAAAGUAGUGUUUGAUUAUAUCAUUGAUGAAAUGAAGCCUCUGGUUACAUGCGAAAAACCUUCUUUUCAAAAGCUAAUCAUGGAAUUGUCUGGAAUUACUGAUACUGCUUUAUUACCAAAUAGAAAACAGUUAGCAAGUGAUUUAAAAGAAAGAUAUACAACAUACAAAAUUACACUUUCAGAAUUAGUAAAAAAACACUUAUAUAUUUGUAUCACUGCCGACAUCUGGACUGCCAAUAAUAAAAGUUUCAUGGGUAUGACAUGUCUUAUGUCACUUAAUGAUGUUCCAAUUAUCAAACAAGUAUUUCUUAAGUAUAACACAACCUUACCAUCGUCAGCUCCGGUUGAAAGACUGUUUAGUAAGGCCAUACAGGUGUUAACUCCUAGACGUAAUCGUCUUAGUGAUGAUGUUUUUGAAAUGCUUUUAUGUUGUAAGUCUACUGAAUGAUUUUUUUUCUUCAAAUAAGUAGAGGAAACUUAUUAAAUUAUGUUAAAUUAUGUUAAAUUAAUAAAUAAAUUGCAGUAAUAGUAACAUGUAACAAUGUUAACCUAUGUUAAA